AUGGCUGUCAAGCCAGAAGUCGAAGAGGAGGUGCGAAACCUCCUGCAGAAUGCCGACGCGAAGGCAUUAGUGGGAUCUGUGCGGAAGAUCAUGCAGGUGUUGGAACACCAUGGCUUGGCAUGCCGCCAAUGCCUGAGUUGCAUGAAGGUGGGCGUGCAUGACGCUAACCGAGAUGGUCUCGGUGUGUCGGCCUUCGACUGUCACAGGUUGUGCUCCGAGAUCAGCGACAUCGCCUACGACAGCCAGGAGUUCAAGGGGGUGGCAAUUCAGCUGCAGGGCGCAGAGCUGGAAAGGGUCCAGGCCUUCAACAGGAAGUUGCAGGAGGAGGCCCAAGGCCUUUUGGGCGGCGCAAGUGACAUGAUCAGGUACGCAAGUUUGGCUGGCUCUCACGCCAACUACGCCAUGAGGUGCUUCGCAUCGCGUGUGGAACACAAGGAUGAUGAGCUCACGUUGGACGGCCGACUCUCGCUAGAGAGGCUUGCGUCGAAGGAUGGCGCCUUCUACAAGGCCAUCGUUGAUGGCGAGACAUGGAUGGUGCUUGAGGCCACUUGCUCCACCACCUGGCCAACGCUGGCCGAGACAGUGCAGGCAGCUUACAAUGCAGCUGGGCAGCUGGCGAGGCAUGAGACUGACCUUCAGGUGAUGAAGAAGCUGCACACUGCCAUUGUGCGCGGUGCAGCCUACGACAAGGCGAAAAUGCAGGCGCUGCGUUCCAAGCCCCCGAAUGCAGGCGCAGUGCCGCGCAUGUACACCUUCGUCAUGCACUUCGCUGGGGGCCGAUCAGGUGAGUUCCUGAGAGAGACGGAGGCCUUCUUGCGCAUCAAGUGUGUGCCUGUAAGGCACUUGGCUUGUGAGGUGUACGAAUCCCUCGCAAUCGAGAUGCGACACACGGGAGCGCAACAAUUCCCCAAGUGCCGCCAUGCGCUUCUUAAGGCACUCUUCACUACUGAGUCUCGGAUCACGGCCAGCGACCUUCGACGUCUCUUCAGCCAGAAGUCAGGUAUGAUGCCACAGCUGGAGGAAUGUGAGGGGUUGAUCACGGAUGUGCAGAAGCUCUUCAAGGACCUUGACGUGCCAGCUGAGGUCAAGUUGCAGCAUCAAGGUGACUUUGAGAUCUCUUUGAUGUUCCGCCUGUUGCAGAAGAAGGAGCCAGGCAAAGAGCAGCACGACAGUUUGCAAAGUGUUGCUCACAGUGCAGUGAUGCUGAUGAGGGAGCAUUCUGGUUUGAAGACUCCUGACCUCGUCUCCCCAUGGAUGCGUGAGUACGACCAGAGCGGGAAACAACACACCACCGCAGCCUUGGAAGAGGCAGGCUUCGCGGUGAGCCAGCGGGUACUCCACAAGAAGACCAAACAGGAGGGCGAGAUUGUGGCCAUGACUUCGGAGAAAGUCACGAUCAACCUAGAUUCAAAGACGACCAUGACUGUUGGUGCACAGGAUUUUCUGAUGGGCCAAUGGCAGACAGUGAAGGCCAAGGCGCCCAUCGAGUUUCUUGCCUGGGAAGACCGGGAGCCGUUCAAGUCGGUGGAGGUCUCAGUCAUGGAGCUCCAGGCUGGUGCAUGCUUGGCCCUUUGCGAGGCGAUCUCGAAGCAUGCCUUGCAGAUCAUUCCAGUGACCUCAAAGAUUCAGGUGCAGGAGGCCACGAAAGGAAAACAGAUUCCGCCUUCGGCGAUCUCCAUGGGCCAGAAGAAGAUCGGCGAAGCUGUCUUUGACAUGUGGCUCACGCCGCAUCCUUUGAAGGAGGGUUGCCUUGUGAGCCCGGCUUUCAUGGUGCGGAGCACAGACGAUGAAAGCAAGGCCAACAUGGUGAUCUGGCCGGCGCUGGCCAGGCAUCAGGUCAAGGAGCUGAAAGUUCCAGUGUUGAGGAACACGAAGGCUGUGAAGAAGGGAGAACAAUUGCUGGUCUAUAGGCCCAAGGUGGAGGCUGAGGCCGCGGAAGCUCCAGCAGAGCAUCCGAAGAAGAAGGCGCGAAAGGACAAAUGA